AUGGAGACGCAAAGCCGCUUGGUGGACUCGGCGCUGAUGGAUUUUGUCAGUGACAUGAAUCUGAUGGAGUUUCCACAAAAGCCCAAACAGCAGGUGGAUAAUGUCACACCCAGUCCGACCUACCGGGCUCGGUUGAACGACUCGCCCUGGACCCGGGAUUUGGGAAACUGUGUGCACCCUGCAGACCGGCGCUCCGAGCACCUGGUGAUGGGUGCACCGGGUUACUACACCCGCGGCGCCCAUGGGCACACCGGCAGGUCCAAACGGAGGCGCAUCAUCACUGUGGUCCAGCGGCAGGCGGCCAACGUGCGGGAGAGGAAGCGGAUGUUCAGCCUAAACGAGGCGUUUGAUGAGCUGAGGAGAAAAGUCCCAACAUUCGCCUACGAGAAGAGGCUGUCCCGCAUCGAGACUCUCCGCCUGGCUAUCGUCUACAUCUCCUUCAUGACGGACCUGCUGGAGAAUACUUGA